CGCGCUCAGACGUGCGGUGGCUCGUGCGAGCGAGGAUGUCUGUGAACGAGGCGCGCGUGUUCCGACCGUUCAAGCUGAUCGCGCUGCUCUGCGUGUUCCUCGCGCUCUGCCUGGACGUCGUGGCGCUCGUGAGCCCCGCGUGGGUGACGGCGGAGGGAUACGCGCUGUCUCUGUGGGAGUCCUGCUGGGAGAGCGAGGCGGAGUGGCGCUGCAAAUCCACGCUCACGUCCGAUUGGCAGAUCGCGACAUUGGUGUUGUUGUUAGCCGGGGCGUCGGUGACGUUGGUGGCGUUUCUCGUGGCUCUGAUCUCUCUGUGUAGAGGAACACACCGGAAACACUACCGCACCGUCGCUGUGUUUCUCUUCACUGCAGUGGUUCUGCAGGCCUGUGCUCUGGUGCUCUACCCAAUCAAAUUCAUCGAUGGAAAAAUGCUCCAGACCUACCACGAGUUUAACUGGGGUUACGGCCUGGGCUGGGGGGCUACCAUCUUCAUGCUGGGCGGGGGGAUUCUGCUGUGUCUCCGAACAGACAUGUAUGAGGAUGGCAUGUACUGAAGCCUCAACAGCACAACAACAAGCAAAAACAAGCACGCAGAUGGGUUAAAGACCGGGCUGUACAUACCACACACACACACACACACACACACACACAGAUGCUGUACACUAGGGCUGUCACUGUACAUUAUAAUAACAUUCAGUUAACAGUACGAACAGUAAAAUUGAACAAUAUCUUCAAAGAUUCCAAAAUAUUCUAUUACAAAAUACUUCACCAUCCUUUUUAUUAACCCGUCCGUACUGAUGCAAGCUUGAAGCCCAGCUGCAGUGCUGUAUGUCGAGUCCAUGAUUGUAGCUCUCGUUCAAAUACAGCUUUAAAACCGCUUUUAAAGUGAAACCUUCAGCUCCUUCAGCAGACCACGCUGGACAGACGCUUGCAGGAGAACCAUUGAAUGCUCUGUUAUCUUAAUCACUACUUUCCAAAACCACUGCAGCAGCUUCAGCAGCUGUAAACUCUCUGCAGGCCGUUUCACAUGAGUCUCCGAUGUGGACUGAAUGAAGAAUUAAGGGUUUCCGGCGUGAUGGUCAGUCCAUAGUGAUUUCC